ACUUGUGGAUCAAAGAUUCAAAGUGACUCUUCUCAAGCGUUCUUCACCACUCGUUUCACUCCCCGCCUAGACACCUCCACCACCAAACCCAAAUACAAACAAAGUCCCAUCUCCUCUUCUCAUCCCUCUUCCAAAAUGCACUAUGCUAUUAUACCUCUUACCAUUCUCUCUCUCUCUCUCUCUCUCUUCUUCUUCUUCUUCUUCUUCUUCUUCCUCCCAACCCCAAUGGCUCAGAUUCCACCCUAGCCCUUCCCUUAUCAGCAAAUCCCUCGUCUCUUACUCCUCUCUCCUGUCAUGACUUACUCCACUACCAUUCCCUUCUCUUCCACCAAAGCAAGAGCUCCGCCCCCUUUUCUUCUCGACAAUCCUCGCCCCCGCUCUCUCUUUUUCCAUAAAUACCCCUUCCCCAAGCGAGAUUUUACCAUAAUCUCCUCCUCCAAAAUUCUCCUCCCUUUACCAAUCUCCAACCCUCACUUCCUCCUCUCUCCUUGCGCAACACUCUCUUCUUUUGCUGAUGCCAAUGGCGAAGGAGGGGGAGAAGAAGAACAACAACAAGUCCAAUCCCAGGCCCAAGCUCAGCCCCAGCAGGGGAAAACAUCAGAAUCCGAUGCCAAAUCCGCUGACUUGUCUGAAAUGGCCAAGGCCUUCCACAUCUCAUCACGAACGGCCUCUGCAAUCUCCAUCUGCACUGCUGUAGCAGCCUUCACCUUCCCACUCCUCAUGAACUCUCUCGGCCAAGGAUUGGGGCUGAAAACCAAGGUGCUUUCGUACAUCACCCUCCUCUCGGGCUUCUACAUGGCUUGGAACAUUGGGGCGAAUGAUGUCGCCAAUGCCAUGGGGACGUCUGUUGGCUCCGGGGCACUCACGUUGCGCCAGGCCGUACUGAUGGCGGCCGUGCUGGAGUUCUCAGGGGCAUUGCUGAUGGGAACCCAUGUUACUAAUACAAUGCAGAAGGGGAUCCUUGUUGCAGGCAUCUUCCAAGGGAAGGAUUCUUUGCUCUUUGCUGGCUUGCUCUCUUCUUUGGCCGCUGCUGGCACCUGGUUGCAGGUAGCAUCUUACUAUGGCUGGCCUGUCUCCACCACUCACUGUAUAGUAGGAGCAAUGGUUGGAUUUGGGCUCAUCUAUGGGGGAGUGGGUGCUGUCUUCUGGAGUUCACUAGGAAGGGUCAUUGCAUCAUGGAUCAUCUCCCCCGUCAUGGGUGCAGCAGUCUCAUUCCUCGUUUACAAAUGCAUCCGAAGGUUCGUGUACAGUGCUCCAAAUCCAGGACAGGCUGCUGCAGCAGCGGCCCCUAUUGCUGUUUUCAUGGGCAUAACUGGCAUCUCCUUUGCAGCAUUCCCUCUUAGCAAGACCCUUCAUCUGGUCUUUGUCCGAGCCUUAGCCUGUGGGACUGCUGGUGCAUUUCUAGUCAGCCGAGUCAUCCACAAACAGCUUGGGCACCUCCUAACGUUGGAGGAAUCAGGAGCGAAAGCAGAAUCAGAAUCAGAAUCAAAAGAGGACACAUCCCUUCAUCAGAAGUUAGGGUUCCUCUCCAACAUAGCGGGCCCCACUGGGACCCAGCUGGAAAUUGUAUAUGGUGUCUUUGGCUACAUGCAAGUCCUUUCUGCCUGCUUCAUGUCAUUCGCCCAUGGGGGCAACGAUGUCUCCAAUGCAAUAGGCCCACUGGCCGCAGCACUGUCGAUCCUACAAGGAGGUGCAAGUGGAGCCGAGAUUGUCAUUCCGACCGACAUUCUUGCAUGGGGUGGAUUUGGGAUAGUGGCAGGGCUGAUGAUGUGGGGUUAUAGGGUCAUAGCAACGAUUGGGAAGAAAAUCACCGAGCUGACACCAACAAGGGGUUUCGCGGCUGAGUUUGCAGCCGCCUCGGUGGUACUGGGAGCAUCCAAACUUGGCCUACCCAUAUCCGGGACUCACACGCUCGUCGGGGCAGUAAUGGGUGUGGGAUUUGCAAGAGGACUGAACAGAGUAAGGGCUGAGACAGUGAAGGAGAUUGUGGCUUCUUGGGUAGUCACCAUUCCGGUUGGCGCUGUAUUGUCCGUGUUCUACACGUGGGUCCUAACCAAUGUUUUGUCCUUAUAUCUGGUGAUCUGAGACGCAUGUUCAAGGACGAAAUCAACUUCAAGUAUUUCAUUGAUUGUGAUAAGAAAAGAGGAGUUUUGUUUUUUUUUUUUUCUUCUUUUAAUAAUUCUUCUUUUUCCUUUUCUCUCAUGUACACAGUUUCCAAUUGUGGUCCACCUGAAUCAUGGAAGGGACUUAUUUUUGUGCCCUUGGCAUAACAUGGGCUGAAGCACGUGAUCAUCGGGUUGGAUUCACAUUAGGACAAUGGUGGUGCCCUUCUGGUAUAGUUAUUAACAUUAAUUAAUUUCUAAUUUCUAA